AUGAUUCGCGGCGAGGACGAGACUGAGAUGCGGGAUGAGCGCGCGGAGGCUAGGGAGCGUUUGCUUGGCGAGUGGAGCUCGAUUCAGAAGCUCCCCUUCAAGGAGUUGGGGCAGCUCUGCGGGCUUGUUGGCGUUACGAGGUCGAAGUCGAGGAUCGACCAGCUGGUCCAUCUCAAGGUGUGGCGCGAGGCCCAGGGCGUUUCCAGUCGUGCCAGUGGCCGGCGGGCGUCUCCGACCGGCGGGAAGCGAGGCCGGCCGGCUGUCGACGAGGAGGAGGCUGAGGACGACGACGACGAGGAUGAGGAGGAUGAAGACAGUGGUGGCGGAAGUGGUGGCGAGUUCAGCGAGGAUGUGGCUGGCCAGGGCUUGUCGCCGGGGCGGGCUGGUGUGGCGGCGGCCAUGCUUGCCGCAGUGCAUGAGGUGCAUGUGCAUGGUCAACACAAGUACGAUUUUCUCAAGAAGAUCAGGUGGAAGGUCAUGGCGGUCUACUGUGAUGCGCCUGGCAAGGUCCUCAAGCUGAUCACAGAGCUCCAGGAGGACAUCAAGAGCCAUGCCCACAUUGUUGUUGUGGGCGAGGAGGAGGGCUGGGAGACAGCAGGCUGCCUCAAAGAGGACAAGGGCAGCUUCAUCGCCAGGCGGCAGGACAAGCUCACUGAGGCUUGGAAGAAGGCUGAGAGCCACAAGAAGCCGUGGAGCCAGCAACUGGUGGGGAGGAGCAUCACCUGUUACAUGUGCAGUGGCAGCCACUACACCAAGGAGUGUCCCAAGAAAUGGGAUCAGCUGGCUGCGUGA